CGUUUUGCAGACGACGCUCACCAUGGAAGUUUUCCCGUUUUCCGACACCGCGGGCGUUUCCAGACGAUGUGUCAAAGCUCCCUAACCUCUUCUACAAUGAAAAUUUGUUGCGAGCACUCCAUAGUGACGUGUUUUCCAGCUUCUGUCGAAUUUGUUUGAUUAUCUCCGCUGUCAGACCGAGCAAGUAGCAUUCAAGGCACAGCGCCGUGAAAGUGUUUUAAGAAUACACUGAAACCGCCGACUAGAAACUGACGCUGGACUAAAAGAGCGGGCACACGCAACAGAAGGCCCAUCGUGGCAUGUCUUGGCUGGCGAACUGACUCGGCGGCGACGCAAGAACGAGGCGGACCGAUGGUUGCCUCAGUUGUUUCUUGUCACUGCAGCUAGUCGCUGGGCUAAGGUAACGCUCAAGUGUCAUGGAUCAGCAAGGAUGUUUCUCCAAUCUGGCGAAGCUCCGGCAAGAGCUGUAUGCUGACUCUGGUAAUGAAGCCAUUACUGUUGGACUCCACUACUCGGACGUCGUCAAGGUUCUUGUCGACGAUCGUCAGGACGAAGGCUGUCAAAUUGCACUGUUGGUAAUGCUCCAGGAUGCAGGAAGCUGCUAUCAGUCAAAAGAAACGGCCUACGAUGCCGUGGAGUCGCUGAAAAGUGCCUUUGGUGCCUUGAAAAGAACAACUAGGUACAAUGUUCAAAGCCAAACUUUAAUCACCAUGACGACCAUUAUUCUGUCUCAUCAAUCUGCGGAUUAUGCUCAGUUAUAUGAACUGGUGGAAUUUCUUGUUGAGAAUGUUGUUCAAGUGAAACGAAACCAUCCUUUGGUUCGAGCAGCUGGCUGCAGUUGUCUUAGAGAAAUCGAGAUAUUCCAUCCGGGUUUUCUAGCAAAGCACAUGGAGCAGCUUUGGGGAACAUUUGGGAAAGACUACAGUUGGGCAUGGCACUCUUUGGCACAGCUUCUGGCAGUGGGGACAACAGCUUCCAACACACCGACGCAGGGAAUAGCCUCUGAUGAACCUGCAAGAAGUUUACAUGAAGUAUCGGCAUUAUUGGGAUGCAUACCUCUCAUGACUCCUGUGGCAGCAGCAGCAGUGAUGCAAUCGCUACUGGCAAACCUUGUGGAUGGCCUGCCACCAGCUUUGCUGAAAUUGUGCUGCUCACAGUUCUCUUCAUGCUACGAGCUGCCCUUGGUCCAGUUGAUGCUAACUAUGCAGGGUGAAGUGUGCAGGGAACCAUGGUGGCAAGAGCUGCGAUUGGAGGUUAUCCAGUGGCUAGCUGAUGGCCUGCACUGCCCUAAGAGCCAGCAGGCCUUGAAAAUCUCAUGGCUGGGAUCAGCCUUGUCACAUACGGCUGGCCUGUCCAAGGCUUCUUGGCACCUGCUGCCCAUGCCACGAGAUGAAGUUACACAACAAGGUCUGCGGCUGCAAGCUACAUUGGCAACUGGUUUUGAUGCCUGGGGAGGACCUGAACAAAUGCUCGAUGCUGUGAUACCUUACUUGCGCAUUCUCAAACGACAUGUUUGCCUGGCACCUGGACACUUUGGUAUCCAUUUGCUAUUUCACGUGCUUUAUCGGCUGUAUGUGGAUCUGAGAAAUACGACUGUUGCAGCAUCGUUGACUGAAGAAAUUACACGUCUAGUCAUCAACAUGACUACGCUGGGACCAUUGUAUUGCCGCAGUCUGCUGAAUUUUCUGAAGUGCAUUGAGACUGGCUUCCCUGAAAGUUCCCUGAGCCAAGUAGUACUGAUGGAAGCUGUGGAUAUGGUGACUGGACAGAGCUGGGAGGACUGUGUCCAGGGCAGUGCCGUGGAAAGCUGCCUGCUUGUACUCACAGCAGCUGUGCAGAAGCCAGGCAAUUUGUGUCAGCCAAAGCAACUGUUCCACUUCAUUGAGAGGCUGGUCGCAAACCAAGGGCUCUCUGCUCACCGUGGAUGGUUGCUGGGAAAUAGGCUAAUUGAUCUCUGCUGCAGUGUUGUGCUGCACCAAAAAAACCACGCAAUCGGCUCAGACCUGUGCACAAUCCUGUCAUAUUUAAUGGAUUCUUCAGAAGACGUUGAUGUGAAGAGUCGGGUCAAGCUGCUGUAUGCGUCUCUUUCUGCUUUGUCAGAGUCAAAGGCACAACAGCUGCUGUACUGUUGUAAUCAUGACCCAGCCUUGGACUCGGAGAAAGACUGCAACAUUCUAUCCGAUUUUCCUGUGCCGAGCCCUGUGGUAUGCCCCACAGCUGAACUUCUGCGGCUUGAGAGACUGCUCCCAGACGGCAGCCAUUUGCAGCCAUGUGACCAGGUGCCAUGCACGGAGGCACAGGGAGGCCGUGGCUUGUGCCUAGAUGAGCUGCAGAAGUACAGGGCUUUCCUGGAGUCAGACUUUGAUCAUGUGGUCAGCAUCCCUUGCAGGCUUGUUUUGGAGUCUUCUGAACCUCGUUUUGACUGUUUGAUGGGGCUGCAACUGAAUCUGGCCCCUCCUGAAGGUUGGGGUACUGCACAAGGUUUAGAGGCUUCGGUGUUCUGGAAAAGCGAUAGUGGAGUCACGACGUCAAUUGCGCUGUCACCACAAGCUUCAGUCCCUUGCAGCAUUGCUGUCAUGGCUGAAUUCACAAGCCUGGACAGCUGCAGUCAUGUGUGCUGGCUGGAGCCGCUGCAAGUGCGCUUUGAAGACCUGCUGCUCCCACUACCCAUUCCAGAGCCUCUUCCGGAUGAGGUUCACCUAUCACCAGACACCUACCGGGCUAUGGUCUGGCACAGUCUGUGGGAACAGCUCAAUGUCUCCCCUGAAGCACAACUGUCGACCCUGCGGCUAUGCCCGAGCCCUCCCAGUCAGCAGCUUUGGCUGCAACUAUGUGAGGGCCUGGCACCCUUUGUGGUUCGCUGGCAGCCACGUGGAUUGCAGGCAGCAUUUGUGGUGCCCAGGAGGAUUCACGUGUUGCUCUCCUUGAGAGCUUGUGGACCGCACCUGAUUGCCUCCUUGAUGGUCGAGGAUUGGCGCUUAUUGCCUAGGGUGCAAACAUUUCUGCAGUCCUUGUGCACACUCUCCUAGGAUUACUCGCAUUGUCUACACUGCAAAACUGCUGUCUUGCACUGCUGUUCCAUUCAAGCACCUGCUGAAGAGGGCAGAUGACAGAGUACAAUGUGUUUCUGCCUCUCCCUUUUGUUUAUACAUGCUGGUACUAACAUGCUACUCUGAAUGUGUUUACCAGCAUGCCCUGCAAACAAUUGUAUGGUUGACAGAUUUUAUAUGAACUCUCUAGGUUGGCGAUGUUCAUAAUGUACAGGGAAGUUUAUGUGUAGUCUAGGAAAUAGUGAGAAUACUGUUUGCUACUUGUACUGUCUGGGCCUUUUGCUGUUGCUAAUGUGAGAAAAACAUUGCAUGAGGAGUUUGGUAAAUAUAUGCAUAGUAUUGUUAGCAGUAGGUAGCUCACAGCAGGCUAUCUUUCACCGUCAAGUAAUAGGCAAUGGCAAUAGUUCAUUGUCAAUUGAACUCAUGUUCCAGUCAUUAAUUGUUACUUGAAUACAGCAUGAAAAUGCAACACAUAGACAGUAAAUUAGAUCCCCAUAGAACAAACUUUGGAUUGAUAUCUUUUUAAGCAUCCCUCAGCAUAUCAUGUUAUGUAGUAAUUGAUACACACACAAUAUAUACGUAUUAAAUAUUUGCAUAUGCACAUGCUUAUUGUUUUUCACAACAGUUUUCAUUAAAUAUUCAUACCUUAUUUUUUAUUUCAUCCGUCUGACUUUCUUUAGAUGCUACUUCAAUCCGGCUCUGUUGGUAUUUACAUUCUUCGUCUUCACUGCUGCCACUCUCCGAAGAUUGCACAAAGCAGAGAGAUGUUUUGGGAGAUGUGACUGAUGUACUUUAAAACUUGGAAGUUGCACAGACCCCACAUCACAAACACGUGACCUGUUAAGUAGAAUCUCGGUGAUGCAUCACGCCUGAUACGAAUUUCGGGAUGAUACGAAUUUUUCGUAAGUCCGGCCCAAGUCUGUUUGAGAGACUUGUGCCUUUGGCCCCGAGGAUAUACUAAAUAACAUGAUCUUGAAUUGUAGCGCGAAGUGGCACAGACAGAAACUAGAAGCAGACAGGACGAGCGCUAACUCUCAACUAAAUUUUUAUUGAAACUAUCAACAUAUAUAUAGGUGAUUGCAAAUACCGCAGCAUAUGAACAUGACAAGGUUCUUAUGACAAGGUCUAAAGACACCAGUUAAAUGUUUCAAGAGGUAGGGAAGCCAAAAAGAAAACAACAAAAAGAUACUACUUGAGAUUAACACACAUGCUGUGAAGAUAUUGAAAUUCGCAUUCUAACAGAAAUAAUGAUGCGUGGCUAGCGAAAGUCUCUCCUAAUCUUUUAAUGUGAAAUGCCUCGAUUAUUUCCCGUGUGGUUAGGUUUGGCAUUUGUGUCUUGAAAGAAUUUUUGUGUCUUCAACCAAAGGUUUACAAGCACAAUUGAAACAAUGGGAUGCUAGAUGUGAAGUAUUAGGGUUGUUAAGUGAUUGUUUGUGUUCUUUUAGUCAAAUUUUAAUUCACCUGCCGCUCUGUCCAAUGUAAGUUUUCCUGCACUUAAGUGGAAUCUGAUAAACUGUACCAGUGUUAGGCACUAAAGGGGACACAUGUCUAAUGCCGCAAUCAUUUUUUUCUUUUUUUUGCCACCCUGUUCAAGUUUCCUAUUUAUCGUACGGCACAUGAUAGACAAUUUGCGGGGGGCCGAGAAAACUACUGACCACAUAUCUAUUGUCUACAUACUGUAAACCUUGGGACAACUUAUGUAGACAGAGCACCAUAGCACACCUUUUUUUCCUUUUUCUGUUUUUAUUGUUCUUUAGUGGGGCUUUUUACCCAUUUCAAAAGCUUUUGAAAUGGGUAAAAAGCCCAUUUACCCAUUUUACCCAUAGCUCCUCUGGCUCUUGUCAUGUGCGGCCAUUUUUAAGGGGGUGGGGCGUACGCCUCCUAAUAUAUAUUGUGCUUUUCUUUUGUCUGUCUCGUGUUGAGGUUUCAAGAAAAAUUGAAAUUUCAAAUUUACAACGCUAAUUCCCUUGCAUUCUUUACAUUUCUAUGCAAUCCUGUGCUUUAUUUUAUAUAUAUAUAUAUAUAUAUUAAUUCUUUGGCAGUAUUAUGCAGCUUUUCGGCCGUUUUCAAACGCAUUGCGACUUUACCAGGAGCUGCCAAUCACAGGUGACAGUCUUGCCGCGUCAGUAAGAUCCGCGACAUUCGCUAUCCUUAUCUCCGUAUUCCGCGCCUUCCGUCAUCUUCGGCGCCGGUUGACAAUUCGGAACGUUUCUGCCAUUACGCCCGUCGGAUUGCAAGAUAUGAAGUAGCUUUGCUGCCGCAAAUAAACUGAUUCCCCUGCUCAAAUCAUGUCCUUAUCAACACCAGGCAGCAGUUAGGAUGCAGAAACGUAAGAAACUCGAGAUAACCAGGCAGAUGUCAAAAUGUCGGCCUCCGAGCACGCGCUGCAGCCAAAAUGUGCGCAAACAAGCGCACCAAUGAUUUAAAUUCAGGAAAUAGGGACGCUCCCUGCGCGACACGUGACUAGAGCAAUAAACGGCCGCGGUUGUUUUGCGUUCUCACUGUCGCUUUUCGAAAUUUUAUUUCUGCAUGAGAAAAUACGUCCCUGCGGCUGUUUGAAGCUCCGAUCCCUCGAGUUUACAGCGAUACUAAGAUGACGGCGCUGCGUCAAUAGAAGGCUGCGCGAUCAGCGGUGCCAUGGCACCUUUUGAUCGAAGCAUGAUUUUCUUCCUAUCUUGAGGACCAUUUAAAAGAAUAAUUUUCUCAAAUUCUGCUGUGUAGUUUUCCGUAAUAUUUCGCCGUGAGACACCGGGAGGUUUUAGGAUAGUAAAAAAAAAUUGAGGAUUUUGUAAUUUCCCGUUUUUUUAGUGAUUUUUUUGUGAUACGAAUUUUUUUAAGCCACCCCAGAGAUUCAUAUCAAGAUACUAUUCCGAUCGGCAUGUAAGUACAAAUUCAUUCGACGGCCUUUCGCACCAUACCCCUGCCUCAUUCAUGAAAUCGAUGAAGCACGUGUUUUUUGGUUUCGAUAUGUCGACGUUAAAGGGACGCUAAGGAAAGUAUUAAGUCGAACUAUAUCGACAGAGUAUUCGUCUAGAACUCUUUCAUUGCUUUCUGCAGGCCACUAUAUGUAUAUUAUUUUUGACAAGGACAUUGCAGUUGAAUGUCCCACUGCUGCUGCUCAAUUUGAACCGCCCACGCCAAAGCGGAGGCCUUGACAUCAUCUCCACGUGACCGCCGGCCCUCUAGGCCGUUAUGUUUUCGUAGACUAUUUAGCUCUAUAUACGAAGCAUACUGCUUGGCGGCUGAAGGUGUUCAGUCUGCGUGAGUCAUUCUAUGGCUCUGCUUGUGUCCAUUGUUUCAUUGCCGUUCCAUUUCCAUGAGAUUAUCUCAGCCGCUCUUACAUUGCGUUUGGCGCUCUUUGUUGUCAUGUUGCUGACCAUACCUGUCGCAUACUUGCUGGUAAGCUUCCUGGCAUUUUCCCUUCACUGUGAGUCAGUGUUUUUCCUGUACGAAUACCUCAACGCUCUCCCAGCCAAUUUCUUCCAUAUUCCUCAGUCGUUCUUCAAAAUCAAUUUUACUCUGAGCUUCCCUCACUUCAAAACUUGUCCAGCCCAUAUCACCCUGCACAGCACCAUUAGUAGUCUUCCCGUGAGCGCCCAAUCCGAGGCGUCCCACUGACGUUUGGUUGCCAUCGAGUCCUGAUUGUACCCUGAUUUCAAGCGAACAACCGCAUUUCCAAAUGUAAGUCCUGGAACUAUUACACCUUUCCACAUACCCCUGAGCACCUCAUAGCUAUUGUAUCCCCAUAGCGCUCUGUGUUUCAUUAUGGCUGCAUUUCUCUUCCCCUUUACUGUUAUUGUUUUGUCCUGUUUCCAUAAAUAUAUUGCCUUCGUUUAUUCAUGCACCUGGUCCUGUAUUAACAGUGUCAACUGUUUUCAUUGAAUUCCAUAAAAGCUGGUAUCUUAACGCUAAAUUUCAAUCCUAAUUCUCCCAUUCCUGUCCACGGAUAUCAGCCAGGCGUUGCAUAUCACUUUGGCUGUUAGCAAGUGACACAAUGUCAUCCUCAUAAAACAGACCUCAAAAGCUGUUGCUGUACUAUGGUGCCCUCAUGUUUGUAAUGAAAAGCCAUGCCAUUCGCAGUGGGGGGUCACGACCGGUGUCGGUGAAUCACAGGUGCUGACGCCACACAUAAUGGUCGACAACAGAGAGCGCCGCUCCGAUUUUCUAUUUUUGUCAUUUUCUCGCUCACAAUAGCUUCGUUUUCAUUACGAAUGAAGAAUUCGUUAUUGCGGAAGCAUAAUCUUUCAAUCUAGCUCAACUUAAUAUUUGAUUUUUGUGUCACUUUAUCCCGUAAUUAUAAUCGGCAUUUCUCAUCUCGUUUGGCGGCAUACCGAAACGAGAUCUUUCUCGAGUUUGGCUGACCGUUGUGCGCAUGCAUGAACUGUACAAGAGAUAUGUGAAGACUACAGUGUGCUGAAGACUCGCUCUCUGAAAUCUGCCUUUUUCAAGGUACUAAGUACAACGGAGAAGGGGCACGCUUUGCUCCGUUUGUUCCUAGUUGAACCCGCCGUGGUUGCUUAGUGGCUGUGGUGUUGCGCUGCUAAUUAAGCACGAGGUCGCGGGAUCAAAUCCCGGUCACCGCGGCCGUAUUUCGAUGGGAGCGAAAUGAAAAAAAAACACCCGUGUGCUUAGAUUUAGGUGCACGUUAAAGAACCCCAGGUAGUCAAAAUGAAUUCGGCGUGCCGGAUUUAUUGAUCCCAGAGGCAUAUGCAUUGGGUCCAGUGUCGCACCAGGGCUUUGUGAAAUUUUCCUUGCUAAUUUUGACCGUGUGCUGAAGCUUAAGCUGACUCAUCCUUCCAUUUUAAGAAUCUUUAGGUACGUAGACGAUUUUUUAAUCAUACUAACUUUCAGCAGAGAAGGACCUUUGCAGAAGUGGCUCUCGAGAUUUUGUCGCUCUUUUCCUUUUGCUCAAGCCAGUUGAACUUACGAGCUUCUGCAUAAUGGGUCAAUCCAAGUUUUAGAUUUAGGUGCACGUUAAAGAACCCCAGGUGGUCGAAAUUUCCGGAGCCCUCCACUACGGCGUGCCUCAUAAUCAGAAAGUGGUUUCGGCACGUAAAACCCUAUAAUUUUUAAAAAAAAGUUUUAGAUUUAAAGUUAAAUUUUUCGUCCGCUGACCACUCUUGCUGGGCCCUCGAGCCCAGGUGCGAAAAAGCAUUUCUGCCUUUCGAUUCAUCUCAUUCAAAGCUUAUAAAGCGGGUAUAGCCUUAUCAUGUUUUAGGUCAGCGCUUUUAAAAUCAUGUCACCACAAACAGCUUUCUAGAUUUCAACUUCAAGUGAAACGUCUGGAAAAAGUGGGGUUUCCUAGCUUUCUUUUACUAUCAGUUGCCGAAUCAUUGCUUGUCAAGUAUCUGUAAAAGGACGAAAACCAUCAGUUUCUAAUGAACAGGCUAGUAGGAAAAAUUUCACAGUACUUCCCCUACAUACACAAGGUUUCCCAUAAUCUUAAAAAGAUUUCUGGUAAAUAUGGGGUUGAUGUUGUCCUUUCAGCACCUUGUAAACUUUCACAGUUGUGCAACAUAGUGGUAAGGGGACCACGGGGUCGGCCUCCUGUGAAACGAAGCAUACAAAUUCGCAUGUGCCUUGCACUACACGUGUCAUAUAUAAGAUUCCACUAAAGUACGGCAGAUACUACAUUGGAUAAACCGGUAUGUGCAUUAACAUUCGCUUGCGUGAGCAUGAACUUUCCCUGGGGGCUGUUGGAGGGUCGAACUUGGCUAUUCAUUGCCGUAGUUGCUUGGGCUGCUGUCCUUUGUUUUCAAAGACUGAGAUUAUCGGCAGAAAAAAUGGCCAGCUCGAAAGAGAGACUGUAGAGGCAGUGUCCAUGCGACGGUUUCUCAGAAAGAACUUUUGUUUCUUUCUGUGUUACACAUACGUGUUCGGUGCCUCAGUAGUCUGUCAGCGUUUUCUUCAUACUUGUAUCGUACCCGUUUAAGGUCGCUCUGUAUGUUUUUUAUUGGUUUUUACGUUACUUUUCAGGUACACACGUGUGUCUGAUCUAUAAAAGCUUGGCGUUCGUUUCAUUAAAUGAUCAGUUGUCAGUA